AUGUCGUCGGGUUACGGGGGCCGUCGUGCGCCCAAUUUUGCUCAGUAUCUCGAAGAUUUGAACGCCAUUCCAUCUCCAUAUGACCAGUCACUGCAGCAACAACAAACCGACUCCUACAAUAUCGAUGCUGAGCUGGCCCUUUUCACAAACACGGAGUUCCUGGACUUUGGUCACUUCGGUGACAUGAGCAUGCCGCUCGGGUUCAACAACCCCGCCGAGGAGGAACAUAAGUCGCAUGAGGAGCAGCAACAGAAUGUCGCCGGCAAGCAGAGCGACAUGGACUACUUGGAACUUUUGAAUGAUUUGAACAAUAUCCCCGACUACUCCACAAACUUCGGCUCUGACGACAGCCAAAACCUGCCAGUGGCCUCAACAUUCCACCCCAUACCUGCUCCUGCUGUUCCAGACGCCACAAAGCCAUCAGACAAGGCAGCUCCCCAAACCACUCAUCCCAAAAUCGAACAAUUGUCGCCCGUCACCAACAGCAUUUCAUCCUUCGUGUCCACCCCCAUGCAGGUAGCUGGAACAAAGCGCAAACAGAGCCACGAUGCCAAGAGCCUAGGCGAAGCCGCCCGUAUCGCCGCCGAAGAAGACAAGCGCCGCCGCAACACUGCUGCCAGCGCACGAUUCCGCGUGAAGAAGAAGCAGCGGGAGCAGGCUCUUGAGAAAUCCGUGAAAGAGGCAGGCGAGAAGAACGCCGUGCUAGAGGCUCGAGUGUCACAACUCGAGCUUGAGAAUCAAUGGCUAAAGAACCUAAUCACCGAGAAGAACGGCGCGGAAUCCGGCGAUGGAAAACAAAAGAGUGAAUCCGACAUUGCGCACAUGUUCAAGAACUUCUUAGCCAACCAGAAGAAGGGCAAUGCCGGAUCCAAGAUUGGUGUUGGUACUGCCUAA